UUAAUUUUGUUUCUUUCAUGUGAUCUAGUUUUAUUGAUCGGUAUCGUAUACAACUCUUUGAUCACUCAUGUCUCUCAUAAACGAUGCAAUUAAAAAACAACAAAGUUGUGGGUUAGAGAAGAGAGGUCGCUUUCCUUGUUGCUAUAAUUGGAUAUAAUUAAUAUUGUUUAUGUUAUCUUUGUUGUGUGGAGAUAGACCCAGAUGCUUUAUGUUGUACUCUGUUUGAGGAUCUGAUCAUGGGAAAAGCGGACCCUUCUCUCUCUUGCUUCCUUAAUCAGAUACAAUAAAAUCUCUCUUGCACUUCUCCGUACACAGAAAACAUCCUUCCCUUUCUUUCAUUUUCCUCUUCAUUCAUACUUUCUCUCUCUAAACUCUAUCUGAUCAGGGCAACAAACACAAAAAAGGGUUUCCGGUUUCAACUUUUUUUUUUUUUUGUUCUUGUUUGGUUGAUUUUAUCGUUUCUGGGAAUAGAAAGAUGAAGGGUGAGGAACUACAAAGUGAAGAUCUCCAAGCAGGGGUUAGGAAUUAUGGUAACCCUACCGGGUUUGAUGCCAUGAAGGAAGAAGAGGCAUUGAGUGUUGAUGAGAGACAGAUCUGGCUUUCAAAUGAACAAGAUCAUCUGCUUGCAGAUGUCCAUGAUAUUUCACUCUUUUACACUGACUUCCCUCCUCUCCCUGAUUUCCCUUGCAUGUCAUCAUCUUCAUCAUCAUCAUCCAUUCCAGCACCAGUCAAGGCUAUCACGUGCUCCUCGUCAUCGUCUUCGGCCUCUUCGUCUUCUUCCGCAGCUUCUUGGGCUCUUCUGAAAUCAGAUGCAGAGGAAGAUGUGGAGAUCAAGAAGAAUCAUCAUCACAACGGCCUGCAUGAUCCAGUGGAUGCGCCGCCUGGAGCCUUGUCUUCCACCGCCUCCAUGGAGAUCCCUCAGCCGCCUGACCACGGCCUUGAAGAUGUGGACUGUAUGGAUGUGAUGGAGACUUUGGGGUACAUGGAUCUAAUUGAAAGCAACGAUUUCUUCGAUCCAUCAUGUAUCUUUCAGAGCGAAAACCCCCUGGAGGAUUUUCAACAGGAACAAAUGUCUCAAGUAGAACAUGCAUUGCAACAUGCGCAUCGAGAACAUGACCAGCUGAUGUUACAGAGUAACAACGACAAAGAGACCGGCCAUGAAGAGAAGGAUCCAGAUGACAUGGCGGCAGUGUUUUUGGAGUGGCUUAGAACAAACAAAGAGACCUUCUCUGCAGAAGACCUGAGGAGUGUGAGGAUCAAGAAGGCCACUAUUGAGAGUGCUGCAAGGCGCUUGGGUGGAGGAAAGGAGGCCAUGAAGCAGUUGUUGAAACUUGUACUGGAAUGGGUUCAGAUGAACCAUCUUCAGAAAAGGCGCAACAAAGAAGCACCCACCCAUUUUCCUGAACAAUACCAAGACCCUUUCCAAAACCCUAACCCUAACGUUAAUCUUAAUUCUGAGUCCGUGACACCUGAAUCAAACCCUUGUUUUGCUACACAGUCGUCGACAUGGAUCCCUCAACCACCUUGUGUUGCCGAGCCGACUGCCGUGCUGGCGCCUCCGGCGGCUUACCCACCAAUGGUUGGGUAUAUGGGUGAUCCUUACACACAUGGAGCUUCCAAUCUCAAUAGCCACAGUCCUUACCCAGCUCCGACAGAGUAUCACAUGCUGGACUCCUCGCAUUCAUGGUCUGCAUCACAGUUUUCUCUGGCGUCUCAUUACAACGCCUUCCCAGAAAAUAAUCUUCACCAGGCUCCACAACCUUUUGCAGGGUAUGGAAAUCAACACCCCUACCAACAGUAUUUUAAUGGUCACGGUGAGAGGCUGUUGAGGUUAGGUUCUUCAGCUACUAAAGAGGCAAGGAAGAAGAGGAUGGCGAGGCAAAGGCGGUUUUUAUCACACCAUAGGCAUAAUCACAAUCAUCAUAACCAGCAAAAUCAGCACCAAAGCCAGAAUGCAGAUCAGCAUGCAAGACUUGGCGGUGACAAUUGCAGUACCACAGCCGUAGCAGCUCAGGCCAAUCCAGGAAACUGGGUAUACUGGCCCUCUACUACAGGUGGGGUUGCUUCUGGCUCGCCGGUGAUGCCAGCCGAGAUGGCACUGGGAAUUCCAGCGGAUCGGAUGGCCAUGCAUGGACAGAAUUUCCCGGUGAGAGUUGCAUCGGAUAGAAGACAGGGGUGGAAACCUGAGAAGAACUUGAGGUUUCUUCUCCAAAAGGUGCUGAAGCAGAGUGAUGUGGGUAACCUUGGAAGAAUUGUUUUGCCUAAGAAAGAAGCAGAGACCCAUCUUCCAGAAUUGGAGGCAAGAGAUGGCAUUUCUAUUGCCAUGGAAGACAUAGGGACCUCCCGUGUAUGGAACAUGCGCUAUAGGUACUGGCCAAACAAUAAAAGCAGGAUGUAUCUUCUUGAAAACACAGGAGAUUUUGUGAGGGCCAAUGGACUCCAAGAAGGAGACUUCAUAGUCAUCUACUCAGACGUCAAGUGUGGCAAAUAUAUGAUACGAGGAGUGAAGGUGCGGCAACCAGGGCCGAAAUCCGAGACCAAAAGGCCUGGAAAAUCGCAGAAAAACCAGCAUGCAAGUACUUCAACCACCACUACUACUCCAGCUGGUGCUGAGGAUGCAAUAUCAUCUUCACCCACCGCACGUAAAAAAUAGUAAAGUGAGAGAGAAGAAAGGAGGAGCAAAGCAGCGCAUGACACUUCUCUUUCGUGCAAAAAAGACUAAUGGACAAAUGGAUGGCCAUGCAUGCAGUAGUACUUCUGGAUCUGAAGCUCGGUCAUUGGUUAAUAAUUUUCUGAUCAGUCAGGAUCGAGCGCCCUUUGAAUUAUAUAUAUAUAUAUAUAUAUAGAUGCAACUUAUCACAAACUGCCGGCCGAGUGAAGAUCAGUAUUAAUUAAUUAAGGAGAUUGGCCUGGGGACUCAUGAAUGCCUACGGAAGUUGAUCAGGACAUUUCUAGUCAUCUUGUGAUUAUAAAUUGGAAGUUAGGCUUAGCUUAAUUAUACUCGGUUUUAAUUAGGUGUAUCAUCUCCAAUUAAUAUUACGUACUGAUCAUCAUGUAAUGCUUAAAAUUAGGUGUUAUUUAUAAGUAUAUAAUUAUAUA